CGCCCACGUAGUACAAUCUCAUCUUGACAACCAUGGUGCAGCGCACUUCCAACGCCGAGGUCAUGUCGAUGGACCUGUCGCCCAAGAAGCCCGCCAAGGCCUACGGCAGCGACGGCGGCGCCUACUACGACUGGUCGCCGGCCGACCUGCCCAUGCUCGGCGCGGCCUCCAUCGGCGCCGCCAAGCUGCAUCUCUUCGCCGGCGGGCUCGCGCUCCCCAGCUACUCCGACUCGGCCAAGAUCGCCUACGUGCUCCAGGGCGCCGGCGCCUGCGGCCUCGUCCUCCCCGAGGCGGCCAGCGAGAAGGUGAUCCCCGUCAAGGAGGGCGACACCCUGGCGCUCCCCUUCGGCGCCGUCACCUGGUGGCACAACGCCGAGGGCGCCUCCGCGGAGAUGGUCGUGCUCUUCCUCGGUGACACCUCCAAGGGCCACACUCCCGGCCGCUUCACCAACUUCCAGCUCACCGGCGCCGCCGGCAUUUUCACGGGCUUCUCCACCGAGUUCGUCGCGCGCGCCUGGGACCUCGACCAGGACGCCGCCGCCAAGAUCGUCUCCACCCAGCCUGGCUCCGGCGUCGUCAAGAUCGCCGCGGGGCACCGCAUGCCGGAGCCGCGCGUCGAGGACCGCCAGGGCGUCGUGCUCAACUGCCUCGAGGCGCCGCUGGACGUGGACAUCCCGGGCGGCGGCCGCGUGGUGGUGCUCAACACGGCCAACCUGCCGCCGGUGAAGGAUGUUGGGCUGGGCUCUGACCUGGUUAGGAUCGAUGGUAAGUCCAUGUGCUCGCCGGGAUUCUCCUGCGACUCGGCCUACCAGGUCACCUACAUAGUGCGCGGCGGCGGCCGCGUCCAGGUCGUCGGGAUCGAUGGCACCCGUGUGCUGGAGACCCGCGCCGAGGCGGGCUGCCUCUUCAUCGUGCCCAGGUUCUUCGUCGUCUCCAAGAUCGCCGACGACACCGGCAUGGAGUGGUUCUCCAUCAUCACCACGCCAAACCCGAUCUUUAGCCACUUGGCUGGUAGGACGUCGGUGUGGAAGGCGAUAUCGCCGGAGGUGCUAGAGACGGCCUUCAACACCACGCCAGAGAUGGAAAAGAUGUUCCGCUCCAAGAGGCUUGACUCCGAGAUCUUCUUUGCUCCCAACUAGACCAUCCGCACAUCUGUCCAUCAUUGGCUUGGCAACACCUUAGGUUAUGUUUUCAUUAGGGUCGCCCAGGGUUAGUUAAAUUGAAGUUUCUCGCGUUUGAUGGAUUAUGUAAUAAUAAGCCUUUGAUGGAUUUGUCACGCUGGUUAGUUUUUAUGGAACUCUUUGAGAUCAGUUAAUGUUCAAUCAAUGCAAGUGGAAUAUCGAUAUAUUCUUGCA